AUGGUCGUGGCCAGCCCCUCCUGGCCGACCUCCGUCGUGCCACAGGUGGACGAGCGAGAGUGGGCACUCCUGCACCUCAUGAAGACGUCUCUCGUAGCGCUCGUCCCCGGUGCGGCGCAGGGCGCUACCACCGUGGUGCUCGGUCACCCACUUGACACCGCGAAGGUUCGCAUGCAGGCAGGCGGGCCUCACACGUGCCGAUCUACCGUUGGCACGAUGUGGUCGAUGGCCACGGCAGAGGGUCCAAGAAGCCUCUACCGCGGGGUGGCUCCUCCACUGCUAAUGGAAGGCGCCAAGCGCAGCCUGCAGUUCGCCUUGUGGGACUGGAUGCGUGCCUUCGCCAGGAACGCGCCGGAAAGCUGCAACGGCGCUGACCGAGCAGCUAGAGAUGGUGCGGGUGGCGCUUGGGACGCUGCGCGCGACGGCGCACAUGGUGGCUUGGUAAGGAUCGGCAGCAACAGCUUCGUAUGCGGUGCCGUGGCGGGUGGCGUGGGGACGCUGAUUGGGUGCCCUAUGCACGUUAUUAAGAUACAGACACAGUGCCAGACCGCCAUGGACACGCGAAACGCCUGGACGUGCACGCGACGUAUCUACCACCGGGAGGGCCUCUUCGGUUUUUACCGUGGCUUUCGGUACAACGUGGCAAAGGACGUGUGCUUUGCCGGCAUGUACCUCGGCCUCUACGCACUCCUGCGCGAGCAUCCUCUCUUCGAGCCGCCGUCCGCAAGCACCGCUGCAGAGACGACAACGACGACCCGCCCUUCGCGAAAGACAAACAUGAGCGCCUUCCUCUCUGGCGCAGUCGCCUCCAUGGCUACCUGGGGGCUCCUCUUCCCGCUGGACACCAUCAAGACAUUGGUGCAGGCACGACAGGCACACGCUAUCCUUUCGGUGCUGCGCCAGCCCGCUCUCCUCUACAGGGGUUUGGCCGCCUCGCUCAUCAAGGCGGGCCCCGUUUCGGGGGUGGCGAUGGCCGUGUACGAGCAGACGUGGGCCUUCAUGAACAAGCGACCGAUGUUUCGCUAG